GUUUGAGAUCGGUGCGCUGCGCGGCGGUACGAGGGAGCGGUGCGUUCAGUGAGGGAGGCGAAGUCGAGGAGCCAGGCUCGCCACGCAGUCCCGCACCCGCACCCGCUCCUGCACCCGCACCCGCGCCCGCACCCAGAGGAAGUGGGACGGACCCACGGACCCCCGGCACAGACCCACAGACGCCCCGGGACGCGCCGAGAGGAAGUGCCGAACGCGGACCCCAGGUGUGAGGAGAGGCAGCCGCCCCGGCUUCAGUCCCAGUGCACCGUGACUCGGGCGUAGUCACCCAAUCACAGCCGACCGAGGACAAGGGCCCUCCUCCUGCGCAGCCAAUCGGAUCUCUCCGCAGCAGACCACGCUACUCUGUGCGCCAGGGGCCGCUGUGGCAGAUCAGGUGCCCGUCGCCGUGACCCAGCCCCACAGGGGUAGAGCGGGGGCAUGGCGGGCAGCCCGGGGCUCUGGUGGCCCGCCCUGCUGCAGCUGCUGAUGACGGCGGCCACCUCGCUGUGCCAGGGGUGCCCGCAGCGCUGCGACUGCGCGCCGCAGCUCCGGUCCGUGGCGUGCCAGCGCAAGCGGCUGACCGCCAUCCCGGAGGGCAUCCCCAUGGAGACGCGGGCGCUGGACCUCAGCCACAACCGCCUGCGCUGGGUGGAGCACGGCGACCUGGCGCCCUACCCGCGCCUGGAGGAGGUGGACCUGAGCGAGAACGUCAUCAGCGUGCUGGAGCCCAACGCCUUCGCCAGCCUGCUGGGGCUGCGCGUGCUGCGUCUCCGGGGCAACCAGCUCAAGCUGGUGCCCAUGGGCGCCUUCGCCCGCCUGGGCAACCUGACCACGCUGGACCUGAGCGAGAACCGGAUCGUCAUCCUGCUGGACUUCACCUUCCAGGACCUGCAGAGCCUGCGGCACCUGGAGGUGGGCGACAACGACCUGGUCUACAUCUCCAACAAGGCCUUCGUGGGCCUCCUGGGGCUGGAAGAGCUGACCAUCGAGCGCUGCAACCUGACCUCCAUCUCGGGCCAGUCGCUGUCCUACCUGCGCAACCUGGUCACGCUCAGGCUGAGGCACCUCAACGUGGCGGCGCUGGAGGACCAGAACUUCCGCAAGCUGGGCAGCCUGCGGGGGCUGGAGAUCGACAACUGGCCCUACCUGGAGUACAUCUCCCCGCUCAGCUUCCAGGGCCUCAACCUGAACUGGCUGUCCAUCACCAACACCAACAUCACCUCCGUCCCCUCCGCGUCCUUCCGCAACCUGGCCCACCUCACCUCCCUCAACCUCUCCUACAACCCCAUCUCCUCGCUGGAGGCCUGGGCGUUCCGCGACCUGGUGAGGCUGAAGGAGCUGCACCUGGCGAGCACGGGGCUGGCGUCGGUGGCCGGCCACGCCCUGGGCGGCCUGCGGCAGAUCCGCACUCUCAACCUGUCGGGCAACGAGCUGAGCACGCUGGAGGAGGCCUCCUUCCACUCGGUGAACAGCCUGGAGACGCUGCGCGUGGACGGCAACCCGCUGUCCUGCGACUGCCGCCUGCUGUGGAUCCUGCAGCGGCGCAAGACGCUCAACUUCGACGGGCGCGCGCCCGUGUGCGCGGGCCCCGCCGAGGUGCGCGGCCGCACCCUCAGCACCUUCUCGGACUCGGCGCUCUUCGACUUCUUCACCUGCCAGAAGCCGAGGAUCCGCAACCGGCGGCUGCAGCAGGUGACGGUGCGCGAGGGCCAGCCCGUCUCCUUCGUGUGCCGCGCCGAGGGCGAGCCGGCGCCCGCCAUCUUCUGGAUCUCGCCGCAGCGGUGGCGGAUCACGGCCAAGAGCGGCGGGCGCGUGACCGUGCUCCCCGGCGGGACCCUGGAGAUCCGCUACGCCCACGUGACCGACAGCGGCACCUACAUCUGCAUCGCCAGCAACGCCGGCGGCAACGACACCUACUUCGCCACGCUGACGGUCAGGGGCCCGCCGGCGGACGCCGCCCUGGUGGCCAACCGCACCUACUACGCCGGCGACCUCAACGACACCAACCUGAACGACACGCGCGUCUUCCUCAAGUUCACCCUGGACCUGAAAACCAUCCUGGUUUCCACGGCGAUGGGCUGCAUCACCUUCCUGGGAGUGGUGCUCUUCUGCUUCCUGCUGUUGUUUGUGUGGAGUCGCGGCCGCGGGCAACACAAGAACAACUUCUCAGUGGAGUACUCCUUCAGGAAGGUGGACGGCCCGUCCGCGAGUGGAGGCCAGGGAGGCGCGCGCAAGUUCAACAUGAAGAUGAUCUGAGACUGUCCCUAUCCUUAAACCUUAACCCUAAGCCUAACCUAAUCCUAAACCUAAAUCUAAGCCUAAAUCCAAGCUUAAACCUAACCUGACCCUGACCCUAAGCCUAAGACUAACCUAACCCUAAACCUAUCCCUAAGCCUAAUCUAAUCCUAAACCUAACCCUAACACUAUCCCUAAACCUAACCUAAUCCUAAACCUAAGUCUAAGCCUAACCCUAAAUCUAAGCCUAAACCUAACCUAACACUGACCCUAAGCCUAACACUAAGCCUAAGCCUAAGACUAAACCUAACCCUGACCCUAAGCCUGACCUAACCUUAAACCUAACCGUAAGUCUAAGCCUAAAUCUAACCUAACCCUGACCCUAAGCCUAACCUAACCCUAAGCCUAACCCAACGCACAUCUGUGACUUUAACUCACACGCACACACACGUCACAUUUUUUCAAGAAAACUACGAAAGGACUUUUUUUUUUCUUGGGAGGAGACCAAAACAAAACUAUACACGUACUCUAGAAUGUCAGCAUGUAGAACAACAGACUACCUUUUACAUUGCAGACCAUUUUGAAUAUGAACUUUGGAAUUCUCGCCAGUUGUUUAUGUUUUAAAGAGUUGCAUGGAUGAAAGUCCUCUGAUCUCUGUGUGAAGCCCGGGCACUUCCAGGCUCACUCUGCCCACUGUAACUGAAUAUUUCAUCCGUUCGAUGAUCUCUUCUGCCGGGUCUCAUCCAUUGCUGGUUGAUAAAGCAAUGGAAGCACUUGUUGAGUGGAAACAAUGCAGUCUAUCUCAACUGAGAGGUCAAGCUUGCUGAAAGCUAUGCUCAGCUCCUCUGAUUUUGAUACCUUCUCUCCAGAACUAUCCCGUGGCAGCUAGGAGGUUGGAAGCGUCUCCCAUAAUGCUUUGCAAUGCUUGACUACAAGGCAGCCUCGCCCGUGCGCUCUGGUAGCGACAUAAUUGAUUUCUGAUGACAUUAGUUCUUUGCUAAAGCCUAUUAAGCAAUUAAAGUUUAAGUAAUUCUCUGACAUCUACUAUUAUUGGUAGUCUCCGAGAUUUAGCUCUAAAUGGAAAAAACAAGUUAUUUUUAUCCUGCCAUAAAUGGAACAAUACACAACAAAAAUGAUAUCGGUGCAAACUCGUCAGGUUGGUUAUCACCACUUUUUUCCCCAUGCAAAAUAUAUUCUGUAGAGUGUAUCUAUAAAAGGAUAUCUGGAAGUCCAAUCCACAUUGACCAACUUUUCUCACUGCCAAUGAAAGAUGAGACUAUGCCUGACAGUCUUUGCCUGCAGUGCAUUGUGGGAGAGCCUCCAAAUCUGCAUGUACUUAUACUGUAAAGUUGAUUUUGUAAUAGAAUAUCACAAAGUUUUAUAUAUCUGUUGUUUAAAUGUCAAUUGAUGGGGAACUGAAUACCUUGCUUAAAAAGGAAAAAGUAAUCCAGUUGAAUGCAGUUUAACAUACAAUUUAAUUAACUGGCAACACAUCCAGCACCUCUCAAAAAAUUGCAAUAAUGGCGGUAAUGUAAUAAGGAAGAAUUAUUAUAAUAUGUAUUUGAAUCUGUUAUGGAUGGUAAACGAAUGUAUGCUUCUGGUGGAUGUUUUGUAUGGGCUGGGGUAACCUGUGAGCUUGGAAGGGGGGGGGGGGUCGUAGCCCCAGACUAUACGGUUACUGAGGAGGAAGGUGGAAGGUUGAGCAGGAGAUGUACGGGGUGGUCAGAUUUCUGCUGUAUUCAGCACUAAAUUGAUAAAUGAAUGCAGUUCAUUAGGUGAAAAGAGCAUAACCCCAUGGAUUACCUGGACCAAGGUUUACGCCCCCCCUUCCCCCUCUGCUGAGCAUCUACCUUCUCUCACACCACUGUGCACCAACGGACUGCCAAAGACUGACUGCCAAUGUAUUGCGUGGGGGUAUUGUUGAGAGAGUUGGCACCACUGCAUAUCAGACCAGCAGGCAUGCUCGCAGGGUCUCUGACUCUCUCACACAUAUGCGUACACACACACACAAACAGGCACACGCACACACACACACACACACACACACAUACACACAGCCACACACAGGCACACGCACACACACACACACACACACACACACACACAGGUACACACGCACGCACACACGCACACACACACACACCCACACACCC